UCGGCGGCCUAUCCCCGUGUAGCCGCCGCCGCCUCGGCGACGUGCGGCUUCUUCCUCCCUUCCCCUUCCACUCCCCGCGACGUCACCAACCCACCUCCACUCCACCACCACCAGCCGCCUCUCCUCCUCUCUGACCCACCAGCCCACGCGCCCCGAGGCGGAGGAGAGGGAGGGAAGGGAGGCAAUGGCGGUGGUGGGCGUCCUCGCGCUGCAGGGCUCCUACAACGAGCACCUGGCCGCGCUGAGGAGGAUCGGGGUGAGGGGGGUGGAGGUGCGCAAGCCGGAGCAGCUCCUCGGCCUCGACUCGCUCAUCAUCCCCGGCGGCGAGAGCACCACCAUGGCCAAGCUCGCCAACUACCACAACCUGUUUCCUGCACUUCGAGAGUUUGUCAGUGGUGGAAAGCCUGUCUGGGGAACAUGUGCUGGGCUUAUCUUUCUUGCAAACAAAGCAGUAGGGCAAAAAACAGGGGGCCAGGAACUUGUUGGAGGACUGGAUUGUACUGUCCACCGUAACUUUUUUGGGAGCCAGCUUCAAAGCUUUGAAACAGAGCUUUCUGUGCCAAAGCUUGCAGAGAAGGAAGGAGGGAAUGAUACAUGCCGUGGUGUAUUUAUACGGGCACCUGCUAUAUUGGAAGCAGGUUCAGAUGUUGAAAUAUUGGCUGAUUGCCCUGUUCCUGCUGACAGACCCAGCAUUACAAUAUCAUCUGGCGAGGGUGCUGAGGAAGAAGUGUAUUCCAAAGAUAGGGUAAUUGUUGCAGUACGGCAGGGGAACAUCCUAGCAACUGCUUUUCACCCAGAAUUGACAUCAGAUUCCAGAUGGCAUCGUUACUUCUUGGACAUGGACAAAGAAUCCCAUGCAAAGGCCUUCUCCACGCUAUCAUUAUCGUCAUCUUCAACGGACGCUGAAGACCUGCCAAAGAAUACGCUUGAUCUGCCCAUUUUUGAGUAAUGGAAGUAGAAAGAAAGAGGUCAAAGGAUUGAAGAAAGGAAGAUGAAGAAACUGACCACAUUGUUUUCCUUUAGCUGGUUACGAAAACAAACAGCUGGGCAUCUGUUGUGCUCAGUCCAUAUGUGUCACUUGGUACAAACUGUUACCACCCAAAAUAAUGACGGUGUGUUGUACGCAAUUCUUCAGAUAAAAGUGCUGUGGAGAUUGUAACCUGACUGUGCAAAGAAGCUGCUCAGUUGAAUAUAUGAUAUUUCCCCCAUUUUUUCUACAGA